GGAUGAAAAUAAGAUGUCAGCAGGAGGUGAAAGUUGACACCAGACCAAUAAUCUGCGCCCCAAAAGAAUUCCCGCCGCCGUCGUUUGGUUGACCGGGGACCGGAGGGGCCGUCGUCGCCGGUGGCCAAAUGCCGACCAUCACGAAGAUGUACUCGAUGCAAGAAGCAUCGCAGCACAACACCAGAGAAGAUUGCUGGAUUGUUAUCGACGGCAAGGUCUAUGAUGUGUCAUCAUACAUGGACGAGCAUCCUGGUGGGGAUGAUGUUAUCCUUGAGACAACUGGAAAAGAUGCUACCGAUGGGUUUGAAGACGCUGGCCAUAGCGAAGAAGCAAGGGAGCUAUUGCAGACCUUUUGCAUCGGUGAGUUUGACCCAUCUUCCCCAGCCAUCCCCGAGCUUGAAAUAUACUCCAAGAGCAAAGGAACAGACUAUUCUCAGAAGCUCACGGCCCUCACAAAACAAUACUGGGCUGUUCCUGUUGCUGUUGUUGGCAUCUCAGUGAUUGUUGGCUUCUUAUAUUUGCGUAAGAAGUGAAGAAGUCUGUUUUUUGCGCUACCUCUCCUUUAAAAUGAUUUUUUGAGUCAUGUAACAAUGAUUGAGAGAAACCGUUUGUAUCUGUUGGAUUCAGAUUUGGAUAGAAGUCACCAAGAUUAUUGAGAGGGAAUUUUCCCUGUUGCAAGUCAUUAGAUAUAUUGUAUUGUUGCUUUUUCCGAAUAGCAUCAUAUUGUCUCAAACACUCGUGUGAAAUAAGAAUUCAUUUGGCGGGCCGGUAUGUCGGGUUA